AUGGACUUUGAUUUUUUGACCGACGAACAGAAGCAGUUCUACCGGAACCAAUACCAGCAAAGCCAGAACCAACAAUAUCAAGAACACUCACUCCAACAAGACCAAUUUAUGCAAAAUCAUCAAAAUCACUCGAAUCAUCCGCAUGCUACUGGUCCCUAUGGCUUACAACUGAUCCCCAAUCUUCAACCAAAUCCAGAUGUUAGUCUUAUGGACGAGGAUUCCGACGAUAAUAACCACGCAGCGGUGCCCUCGUCUCCUCUUCCACAGCCUUCGACUUUCCAGUCAUCUCCCACUUUUUCAGCUUCCGACAAUUUCGGUCAUAAUGCAUUACAACUGGUUGAUUCCCAGAGUUCAGUGAGCUUUAAGCCUCCAAACUUCUUCACCCAGCUCACCAAUCAGCUGAGCACCAAUGUGCUGGAAAUCAGCAAUGAUAGCAACCACAUGUUGCCUAUUUCGCAGCAAUUUCAAAACCAACAAAACUACCAAUCCCAGGCUCAACAGCAAGCUCAACAGCAUAUUCAACAUCAGCAGGCUCAGCAGCUAGCUCAGCAACAAGCACAGCAGCUUGCACAGCAACAGGCUCAAGCUCAAGCACAGCAACAAGCUCAACAACAAGCACACGCACAAGCUCGAGAGGCUCAACAAUUCCAGCAACAAGUUCAGCAGCAUCAAGCGCACCAAAAUUCUCUGCCACAACGACAACAAGAAUCUCACUCCCCUCAGCAUACGACAUCUCAGACCGCUCAAAACGGUUCACCCUACGUAUACUUUAACAGACAGCCGAACCGGCUUUCGAAACCAGCUCAAGACCGUGCAUCUGCUCUUAAGUUGAAGCUUGAAAAUUACUACCAGAUGUCAGUCACCCAUGCAAUUGAGCGCAAUCAGAGAAGAUUGGAUCUCGAGCACAAAUUGGCUACAGAAGAGGCCGCAUCGUCUCAAGAACGUAAAAACCGACAGCUUCAGAACCUUGGUAAGAAGGAGCUGCAGUUCUUACGUCUUCGAAGAACCAAGUUGUCUCUCGAAGAUUUUGCUACUGUCAAAGUUAUCGGAAAAGGUGCUUUUGGUGAAGUUCGUUUGGUUCAAAAGAAAGAUACCGGUAAGAUUUACGCCAUGAAAACAUUGCUCAAGACGGAAAUGUACAAGAAAGAUCAAUUGGCGCACGUGAAGGCGGAAAGAGACGUUUUAGCAGGAAGUGAUUCUCCAUGGGUAGUAUCAUUAUAUUACUCGUUCCAAGACGCUCAAUAUCUUUAUUUGAUUAUGGAGUUUCUUCCAGGAGGUGAUCUUAUGACCAUGUUAAUUCGUUGGCAAAUAUUCACCGAAGACAUCACCCGGUUCUACAUGGCAGAGUGUGUGUUGGCUAUCGAGGCUAUUCAUAAACUUGGCUUCAUCCAUAGAGAUAUCAAGCCGGAUAAUAUCUUGAUAGAUAUUCGGGGACAUAUCAAGUUGUCGGAUUUUGGGUUAUCCACGGGAUUCCACAAGACUCAUGAUUCCAACUACUACAAGAAGCUUUUAGAGAAGGAACCACCUUCGCAGCUGCAGCAAUUUUUGCAGCCAAAUGGCGGACAACAGAGCAGGAACUCCAUGAUGGUGGAUGCCAUUCACUUGACGAUGUCAAACAGGCAGCAAAUGCAAACGUGGAGAAAAUCUCGGCGAUUAAUGGCAUAUUCUACGGUUGGAACCCCGGACUAUAUUGCACCGGAAAUCUUUAUACACAAAGGUUAUGGUCAAGAGUGUGAUUGGUGGUCACUAGGUGCCAUUAUGUUUGAGUGUUUAAUCGGGUGGCCACCAUUCUGUUCGGAAACUCCACAUGAAACUUACCGUAAGAUCAUGAGCUGGCAAGAAACCCUUCAAAUUCCGGACGAUAUUCAUCUUUCGCCAGAAGCCGAAGACUUGAUUCGCAGACUUUUGACCAAGGCAGAGAACAGGCUUGGGAGAUAUGGGGGUGCCGAUGAAUUGAAGCAGCACCCAUUUUUCAGAGGAGUCGACUGGGAUACGAUUCGUAAAGUGGAUGCACCAUUCAUUCCAAAAUUGCGUUCGAUUACAGAUACCCGGUUUUUCCCUACAGACGAAUUAGAGAACGUUCCCGACUCGCCGGCGCUACUGAAGGCAGUCGAGCAAAGAGAACAGAUGAUGAAGAGCGGAGCAGGCGUCAAAGAAGACAUGCCAUUCAUAGGCUAUACCUAUUCACGGUUCGACUAUUUGACGAGAAAAAAUGCAUUGUGA